AUGGCUUCAUCUUCAAACGUACUCGGCCAAGUGUCGACCGACACCCAGCUCGCCAACGGACCCGACGACGGCAUCUCAGGCCUUUCCUGGUCUCCAUUGUCGCGACAUCUCGCAGUCGCAUCCUGGGAGGGAAAAGUGAGGAUCUACGACAUGACACACACCAGAUCCGGGGAAGGGCGCGCACUCAUCGAUUUUGGCGGGCCAGCACUCAGCUGUAGCUGGUCAAAGGACGGCCAAAAAGUCAUCGGCGCCGGCGCAGACAAGGCCGCUCGACUUCUAGACCUCGCAUCAAACGGCGCGCCCCCCCAGCAAGUCGCCGCACACGACGCGCCCAUCUCAUCCGUCCACUUCUUCACCCCGCCCUCCUCCAACGCGCCCAUGAUCGUGACGGGGUCCUGGGACAAGACCAUCAAGUACUGGGACCUGCGGCAGCAGAGCGCCGUCGCAUCGGUGGCGUGCCAGGAGCGCGUGUAUUCCAUGGACGUGAAGGGCGACCUCCUCGUCACCGGAACAGCAGAUCGCCACAUCAACAUCAUCAAACUCGACAACCCGACUACAUUCCACCAAACCCUCCGCAGCCCUCUCCACCACCAAACGCGAGUCGUCAGCUGCUUCAACGACGCAAACGGCUUCGCCAUCGGUAGUAUCGAGGGGCGCUGCGCAUUUAGAUUCAUCGAUAAGAAAGACACGAGCCUCAACUUCACAUUCAAAUGCCACCGCUCCCCGCCCGCGAACAACAUCACCACCGCCCACGCCGUGAACGCCAUCUCCUUCCACCCGCAGCACGGCACCUUCAGCACGGCGGGCUCGGACGGCACAUUCCACUUCUGGGAUAAGGACACGCACAUGCGGAUCCGUGCGUUCCCCUCCGCGGGCGGCAGUAUCUCCGCUACGGCGUUCAGCGGAGAUGGCGGGGUGUUUGCGUAUGCGGUUAGUUAUGACUGGAGUAAGGGGUACGCGGGGAGUAGUGCGCAGGUGCCUAAUAAGGUGAUGCUGCAUGCGGUUGGGGAGGAGGAGUGUAAGCCCAAGGGGAGGGGAGGCGAGAGACGCUGA